UUUUAGUAUGAGGUCAAACUAGGUUGCACAUGCGUCGACACUGUACACUGUCCGACAUCAAUCUGUAGAGUCAGCAGUGCUAGUAUUUCACGAAAUUACUUUUCGAGUGGUUUUGAGUGGAGGCAAUUAAUUGAACCAGUAGAAAGAAACGAGACGGAGCAAGAGCAAUUUUGUCACAGAGGGGUGAACACUUGUGAUCUGAAGGAUUUAAGUUUUUGUUCAUUUUUAUAGAGAAGUAUUUCACAAACGUGUCUUAGAUUCGAUUGUCGUCGCGGAGAAUGACGAGCAGCUCAAAAAAGAAAGAAGAAGUUCAUUUGGCCAAUGGGGCCGUAAAACUGUCCACAUGGAGUAAAGUGUUCAAUAGUAACGCCGUAUGGGAAGAGAAGGAUGAAUUUUUAGAUGUUAUUUACUGGUUUCGGCAAAUCAUUGCUGUUGUGCUUGGAGUAAUCUGGGGAAUUGCACCAUUGAAAGGAUUUUUGGGAAUAGCCAUAUUCUGCAUCAUCAAUGCUGGUCUCCUGUAUGUCUACUUCAGCAGUUUCCAACAGGUGGAUGAAGAGGAAUAUGGAGGGACAUGGGAGCUCACCAAAGAAGGCUUCAUGACCUCCUUCGCUUUAUUCCUGGUCGUAUGGAUAAUAUUUUACACGGCACUACAUUAUGACUGAAGAGCUGUGAAGAAUGCAUUUUACCAGAGAGAGUAUGGAAACUUAGUUGCAUUAAGAUGUAAAGAUGAGAACUUUGAAACCCAAGGUUGUGUGUUCUGUUCUCAGUAGCACACAUGGUCUUUGGAGGAGAGCAUCAUGAGUACCUGAGGAGCGACCUUCCAGACUGGUUGUGCAUCAGAUUUUUAAGCUAAAACUGUCCUGUGCACUGCCAUGGAUUUUUUUGUAUCUUAUAAAUAGCAUUGUAUUAAACAGGACACUUAACUAUUUAAUAAUUUUUUUUUGUUUUGUCUCAAGUAGCUUCCAGAUCAAAUCUUACCAGAUGUUCAGAGCUUAAUUUAAAAUAUGUAAAUUAUCUGUGGAAUUUCCAUUUUAUCAAAUGCAAAAUGUAUUAAACCAAUUUAUUUGUAUUUUCUCAUGUCUUGUUUAACUGGACAUAAUUAAGCAUUUUGUAGUUGAUUAACUGAUAGAGAAUGUAAUAGAGGGAUAAUUGAUUAUUGAUUCUGAUACAAGGGAGAGUAAUAUGAAAUUAAUGAGGCUGUGAGGUUAUUUGAGGGAUUGUAUUUGGUGAUUGACAUCUUUUGGGAAUUCAAUUAAAGGUGGGCUUUAUUUGGCCUUUUUCAAA